AUGAAAAGUAAAUUUUUGAUACUUAUUCUCGCCAUUAUAUUCUUUAGCAACUUUAUUUUUGCUUCAACAUCUCUUAAUUUAAAAAGAAAUAAUUCCCGAAUUAAUCGCACAGCUUCUCUUGAUUUAAAAAGAGAUGAUGACCAAAUUAAUCGCACUUCUUCUCUUAAUUUAAAAAGAGAUGAGAAAAUUAUUCGUGUUUCUUCCAUUGGCCAGAAAUAUACAUCUUUAACAUCUUUGAUGAAAAAGUCUGAUACCUGUCCAAGUGGAACUAAUUCAUGUUCAGGUAGUUAUGGAUGUUGUGAUAAUGAUUAUUUUUGCUGCACAGAUAGCGAAAGCGGAUGCUGUCCUAAUGGUUCAAAAUGUUUGCCUAACUUCGAAUGCAGUAGUGAUAAACCAAGUGGAGGAGAUAUUAAUAAAAUGUCGACAUUAGGAUCAGCAUUUACACUAUUAUUUUCAAUGUGUUUAAUAUUGAUAUAA